CAAUGGGGCGCGCACAAGAGACUACAUCUCCCACAAUUCAAGGCGGCCAGAGCACGGCGCAGGCCGUUCCCGCGCCCCCGGGCGCUUCCGUGCUCAGCGCCUGCGCAGACGCUGCGCGUCCUUGGCGAGGCGGGAAGGCGGGGGGUAAUUGGUACCACAGACCCUACGUAAUUCAAGCGGGACUUGCAAAAGCCAAAUUAGCAGUUACACACUACGUGUUUUCCUUAUCCUUCUAGAGUGGACUGUGCACAGUGGGAAGUACACCCUCUGACUGUGGUCUUUUCCAUUCCGCGUGGGCAAAUGAUUUCGUUUUUGCAUUUCACUGUGUUUUCAGAAAAGCCGGACAAUAAAGAGACAGCAAGUGGAGAUGAACGAGGCCGCUGCAAAGCAGGCACCGGUUUCCUAAAUGGUUAAGCCGAGGACUUGCUUAGCGCCCUUGGUGGCAGAAUGUAGGGGUGGGGAAGGAAGUUUGUAGGACCCGGAAGUUUCUAGAAGCCCGCUUUCCGGGCAGGUGUCUGGCGCGGUGCCGUCUGCGCACGCGCCAGGCCAGCGGUACUUUUGUGAAUUUGCGCAUGGGCGUAAGAGGGUGUGGCGACGCGCGGGCGUGGUAGCGGUGCGUGCCCUCCUCUUUUCAGCUCUUGAGCGGUCUUGUGGUGAACUCGUCUCCAUGGCGACUGGACGCAGUCGGAUCUUGCAGCAGCACUGGCUCGGCCUCCAGACGCUGCGCGGGCCCAGCAGGGGCGGUGGCGCGGCCCGGGGGCGCGCCAGGACCUUUGGGUUCAGAAGGGGGCCAGGGGUCAAGUUUUCUGCAGGCUCUGCUGCCCUGAGGUGCCAUGCCAGAGGUGGACGGCACUGGGAGAGCUCUUUCUCCUGCUGUUCUGGGUUCCUGGAUGGAAUGCCUUCAGAAAUCUUGCUGAAAAUAUUUUCCUACUUGGAUGCUGUGAGCCUGCUGUGUGCUGGAUGUGUGAGCAGGCGCUUUUAUCAUCUAGCCAAUGACAAUUUUAUUUGGAUCAGAAUCUACUCAACCGCUUUCUCACCUACAAGAUCAAAUUGGAGAGUUAAUUCAGUAGAGAAGAUAGCUGUGUCUGUGAGCUUUCUGUCAGUUCAGGAUAAAGAAGCUGGUUAUUGGAAGAAAGAAUAUAUCACAAAACAAAUAGCAUCUGUAAAAGCCGCACUAGCUGACAUUCUCAAACCUGUCAACCCUUACACAGGCCUUCCAGUUAAGACCAAAGAGGCCCUCAGAAUGUUUGGUUUAGGUUGGGCAAUUAUACUGAAAGAAAAAAGUGGAAAAGAAUAUAUCAUGGAGCAUGCUGAUCUUUCCGUAAAUGACACAUCAGUUACUGUUAUAUGGUAUGGCAAAAACUGGCCGUGCCUAGCGUCAUUGUCAACCUUAGAUUUAUGUGGUGUGACACCAGUUUUUAUGGACUGGUAUAAAACUCCCACCAAACAUAGACUCCGAUGGCAUUCUUUAAUUGCAAAGUACAAUCUGAGUCAUUUGACCGUAUCUACCAUGAUUGGCUGUGACAGACUCAUUCGGAUCUUCUGCCUGCACCCUGGCCUCCUGGUGGGAGUGUGGAAGAAGGAGGAAGAACUGGCUUUUGUUAUGGCAAAUCUUCAUUUUCAUCACCUCGUGGAGAGAAGCACAUUAGGCUCGGCCACUAUCCCCUAUGAACUGCCUCCACAUAGCCCGUUUUUGGAUGAUAGCCCCGAGUAUGGACUGCACGGCUACCAGCUCCAUGUUGAUCUGCACAGCGGUGGGGUUUUCUACCUGUGUGGUACAUUUCGCAAUCUCUUCACCAAGAAAGGAAAUAUUGAAAAUGGACAUGUGAAGCUCAUUGUUAUACAUUUAAAAAAUAACAGAGAACACCUACCUCUUAUUGGAAAAGUUGGCCUCUCAUGGAAAACUGAUAUUUUCGAUGGCUGUAUAAAGAGUUGUUCCAUGAUGGACGUAACUCUUUUGGAUGAACAUGGGAAACCCUUUUGGUGUUUCAGUUCCCCGGUGUGCAUGAGAUCGCCUGCCACACCCGCCGACGGCCCUAGCUUCUUGGGACAGACGUACAGCGUGGACUACGUCGAUGCGGAAGGAAGAGUGCACGUGGAGCUGGUGUGGAUCAGAGAGACCGAAGAAUACCUUAUUGUCAACCUGGUCCUUUACCUUAGUAUCGCAAAAAUCAACCAUUGGUUUGGGACUGAAUAUUAGCAGUAGGUGGCAAUUUAUUGUUGUUAUCUAGUUGUUUAUUUUUGACUGGCUUUGGUCUUCGUGUUGAAAGUUAAAAUAAAGCAAAUCUGCAGAGUGCUGUGUGAUG